AACCGACACUUGACAAGGGGACACAAUUUAGUGAGUCCAUUCGCGUGAGUGUGCAAGGAAUUCCAGUGAGUCUUGCGAUAAAGUGAACAGCGUGAGGUUUUACGAGAAGAAGGGAAGAUACGCAUCUUCCGCGGAACACUGAGAUUAUCAUACACAGAGUAAAUAAAUCAAGUGGAGAGAAAAAUGGUACGAAGUCUCUCACAGUGGACAAAAACACUGAGUUUCCCAGCACGAAUUUCACCAAAUAGAAAUUCCAAAGAGUGCAACGUGAACGUUCAUCCAAUUACCCUACCACCACCUACACCGCCACGUAAAUCGCAGAACAAUCAUCAGCAGCAAUCAUCCCAGGAGUCUCCAUCGCCACAGCCAAAUGUACCAAUAACAGAAAUUAGUCAAAUUAUCUAUCCCGAUCCAGAUUCGGAGAAGGCAAUCAUGGGCUCCCUGGUGUUCUGCAUUCACCACAAGCAGGGCUGCAAGUGGUCAGACGAGCUAAGGAAGUUGAAGGCCCAUCUCAACACUUGCAAGCACGACGCCGCGAGGUGCCCAAAUAAGUGUGGCUCCCAAAUUCCCCGUAUCAUGAUGGCAGAUCACCUGGCCUUCACCUGCAUCCAGCGGCGAGCUGUGUGUGAGUUCUGCAACAUCGAAUUCACGGGACAGGGUCUCGAGGAACACACGGGCACUUGCAGCCAGGAGCCCAUCUAUUGCGAGGCCAAAUGCGGCGUGCGCGUUCUCCGCGGGCGUAUGUCCAUCCACCGAGUCAAGGACUGUGCCAAGAGGAUGCGACGCUGUGUCCACUGCAACCGGGAGUUCUCAGCAGACACCCUGUCGGCUCACGGAGCUUCCUGCCCACGCAGUCCCGUGCCGUGCCCUCAGCGCUGCGACAUUGGCCCCAUUCCGCGUGCCGAGAUCGACAAUCACCUGCGCGAGGAGUGCAAGGCCCUCACAAUUCCCUGCACCUUCCGCGACGCCGGGUGUUCCUUCAAAGGCCCCCGACAUCUGCUCGAGACGCACAUCGAGAGCAGCAUCGGCUCCCACCUGUCGCUGAUGGUGUCUCUCGCGAGUCGCCAGGAAAAGCAGAUCCAGCAACUGAAGGGCACCGUGGCGAAGCUCAGUACAAACUACACAGGGACACUGCUCUGGAAGGUCUCCGACUGGGCUGCCAAGAUGGUUGAGGCGAAGAGCAAGGACGGAUUGGAGCUCAUCUCUCCGCCGUUCUACACCAGCCAGUACGGAUAUAAGCUACAGGCGUCGAUGUUCCUUAACGGAAACGGCCCAGGCGAAGGCACUCACGUGUCCGUGUACAUCAAGGUGCUCCCCGGAGAGUACGACGCCCUCCUCAAGUGGCCCUUCGGCCACUCCAUCACAUUCACACUGUUCGAGCAGGGCAACGCUGGCAGUCAGGGCGGUGUAGCCGAGUCUUUCGUGCCUGAUCCCACCUGGGAGAACUUCCAGCGUCCCUCCACCGAGCCAGACACCCUGGGAUUUGGCUUUCCACGCUUCAUCUCGCACGAGCUCCUCACCAGACGACCGUUCGUCAAGGAUGACACCAUCUUUCUACGUGUUAAGGUGGAUCCCAGCAAAAUUGUGGCGGUUUAGGAGUCAUCCAGCAUCAAUUGAGUGUAAAUACUGUGUAUUUCUACUUCGGAUAUUUCGUCUACUUACGAUUUUAGACUUAAGGACGGCAUUUAUUAGUACGUAGGAGAAAAUUACGGGGAGUUGGAGAGUGUUGAUAAGCAGAUUUAUGGAUGAGAUGCAGAGAAUUUAUUAUUUAAAUUCCAAGUAUAAUUUCUUUGUUAUAUUUAGAGACAUAAAAAGACUAGUAAAACUAAUUUAAACCUACCAAGAGUAACAUAAUAGUAAUUACGACAAUUUCGCAAGCUCGCUUCUCACUUUAUCCUAGACAUCUGCUGUCUGCACAACCUCCGAUUCAGCCCAUUAACCCAUUGUAUAGAUAGACCAGUAAGACGAUUAAUUGUGUCCAUAAGUCGCAAAUUAUGGUACAUUAAUUACCGAAAAGGCCUUAGCGAUCAACAGUAACACCAAAUUUCUCUCUAAUAUUUUUAUUCUCAAUUUUUGUGUGACUUUUUAAUCGUUUAUCUUCGCUGGAAAUAAACCAAAGCGGUUUGGCGGGCUUUGUCACGCAUUGGCCCUCAAUUCUCAUGCAAAGCCCACAAAAUCAGUUCGACAACGAGUCAUUAAUUUAAGUGUGUGUAAAUAACAUUGCAAGACGAGCUACUAAAACGCAAGAUAAUCUUACGAUCUUCGAUCUUUAUCUGUCUCAACUCUAGCGCUACUUUUGUGUGACUCUCCGCGUGGGAGAGUGGUUUUAUUUGUAUUCAUCUCAGAGAAAUGAAAAUAAAGAAUGAUGAAUUUGUACAUUA